UCCUACGAAUAGUUGCGUAAGAAUAGCUACAUCUCUGGUUAUCAGCACAUUGUUUGCCGUCCAGGAAUAAGUCGCUUUUCCUGGCCUUUCCCAACACCAUUUUGAUUCCGUUGGACUUUACCUUGAGCUAAAGGGGACAGUGCAACCUCAUGCUCAACCCUGGCGGCUUGGAUCCUAGCGGGGCUAGAGGCUUUGCACAAUAUGGGCAACAGGGCCAAACAGCGGGCUUUCCGCUUGUCGGUGCUUUGCAAGGAGGAAUGCAGGGCGGAUUGCCAGGAGUCAGAACGGGCAUUGCUGGACUUCAGGCGGGUGCAGCAGGGCCACAACAAACAGCACAAAACAGAUUUGCUGCCGCUAGCACGCUCCAGUCGAACUUACAACAGCAGCUCGGACAGUACGCCCAAGCGCAGGGGAGACCCCUCACCAACGCCCAGAUAGCAAACGGAGUCCUCGCCGGAGCCGCGGGCGCCGGCGUCCGCGCCCAGGGGAUAGGCGGUCUCGGGCCCCUAGCCGCCAUGCGGCAACCCGGUGUUGACCGAGCGGCCGCCGCAAACCUGAGCCUCGCAGCCAACCUCAACGCCGCAGCCGCCGGCGCUGCGGGGGCCGCUGGGCUGGCCAGCCUGCAGGGUUACGCGGCGGCUCAGAACCCCCUUGCCGCGGCGCUCCAGAACCCGCAGCGGCUCACGGGGCUGGGUCUCAACGCGCAGCUCACGGCGGCGGCAGCGGCGGGACUGGGAGGGCUGCAGGGCAGCAACCUGCAGAGCAGGUUGCAGAUGGCGAAUGCGGGUGCGGCGGGGCUGGGGCUGCUGCAACAGGGGCUAGCGGGCGCGCUGCCCACGCCCAACACCAACACGCAUGAGCUGCUCGCGAUGCUAAACCGGCAGAAGCAACAGCAGCAGCAACAGCAACAACAGCAGCAGCAGCAACAACAGCAGCAGCAACAGGUCCCCGGUGGCGGCAAUGCCUUUGGGGCUGCGCUAAAUAACCUGGGCAUUUCGGCUGCUAACUUUGGUGCUGCGGGAGCGGGAGGGGUAGGGGGGCUUGGGGGGCCGGUAGCGGGCUUGCAGGUGGCCAACCAGCAAUCCCAGCAGGCCCAGCAGGCGGCAGCCGCCGCAGCAGCCGCGCAACAGCAGCAGCAGCAGCACGGGCCUGGGGACCAGGACGGUGCGACUUUUGACAACAGCGACUUUCCUUCCCUGCUGGCGAACGCGGCCGCACGACAGGGCCGUGCCGGAGCCGAUGCCAUGUCGGCAGCGGGGGCGGCUGCGGCCAACGACCCUUUUGCCAAGCUGGGACUGCGGACAACCGCGGCAGCGGUCGCAGCGGGCGGCCAUGGCCCCAGCACGGCCGGCGGCGCUGGCGGCAACGACUUUCAAAUACAGAACGAGGACUUCCCCGCGCUUCCCGGUUCCUCACAGCGUGACGCGCUGGGGCCGGGUGGUGCCGCGGGGAUGUCGCAGCAGCAGGCGGCGGCACGUGGGGCCCCCACUUCUGGCGGUUUCGGAGCCGAGCAUCUGCAGCAAAUGGCGGGUCCGCCGGGUUCCGCUGAGUACGAGGCGUUCUUGCGGUUGCAGCAGCAGCAGCGGGGCAUGCCGCCUGGGUUGCUGGGGCCGGGGCAGGCGGGCAUGGGCGCGGGCAAGGGUGGCCCGGGCAUGGGCGGGGGCCUGGGAGGCGAGUUGGGUAUGGGACAGCAGCAGCAGCCGGGCCCUGCGUCUGCGGUUUCGGCGGUUGCUAGCAAGGCGGAUCGUUUCGGGCUGAUGGGGUUGCUGCCGCUGAUCAAGAUGUCGGACGCGGAUCUGACCAUGCUGGCACUGGGGACGGACCUUACGGGACUGGGGCUGAACUUGAAUGCGGCAGGCGACCUGCACUCCACUCUGGUGUCGCCGCUGGCGGACAACCCCAUCAAGGCGGAGCCCGACUACGAGCUGCCGUCGUGCUACAAGUUCAACCCGCAGCGGUUGCAGCCCGGCUACCUGUCCAAGUUCAAGGAGGAGACCCUCUUCUACAUGUUCUACUCCAUGCCGGGAGACGAGGCGCAGCUUCUGGCGGCCGACGAGCUAUCCGUGCGGGGCUGGUGGUUCCACCGGCGCUACAAGCUGUGGAUGCUGCAUGCACCCAACACGGCGGUGCAGAAGAGCCAGCGUGGGGAGCGCGGCUCCUACCUCAUCUUUGAUAUUAAUCAGUGGGAGAUCGUGCAGAAGGCGGACCUCGAAAUCCUGUACGAGGACAUUGAGGGCGCGCCGCGACUGCCGAGGACCACGAAGCUGCAGCAGCAGCAGCAGCCGGGGGGUGCGGGUGCGGGGGGGCAGCCGCCGCAGCAGGGGCAGGCAGCGGCGGCGGCAGCUGCUGCCACGCAGGGGCGGCAUUGAGGCUGUGGGGGCGGUGGGGUGGUGAUGAUGACACCCGUGUGAGUGAUGACGCCCGCGCACUCGGGGGAUGGAGGUGGACGUGUGUGUUUUGCGCGCGUGAUGUGCGGGCAGCGGCAAGGAUGGGUGGCAAUGCGGCGUUGCACCCUGCCGCAUGGCCGCAUGUGCACAUGGGCUGAUGGCGGAUCUCCUGCGGUAGCCGAAACCGGCACCAGGCACGUAUCACAGCAGCAGUUGCAGGAUGCGAAGCGCUCAACACGGCGGGCUUGUGUGUGUGCGGAGGGUGUGCUUACUCAGUUCAGAGGGG